CCCACUAUUAUAGAUACGGAAACCAAGACCGUUAAAAUUUUUAUGAAAUUAUAGUUUAUAAUUCGACACGCACAAACAUUCUGUAUAUAUUAUUUAGAGGUAUAUGUGCCUAUAGUAUUUUAUUAUUAAUCACAUUAUACCUAUUAUUUGCAAUGUUAUACUUAUUAUUAUAUGACGUCUAGACACUGGCCCAUAUAAAAAGAAACGUUCACGCCCUGUGGUACCACAGUGCACCAGUAAAGGCUUUCAGCGAUGCAACGCAUAGACACCAUCAACAUGUUCUUGCAAAUGACUGGGUGCACCGACAGCAAGGCAAUGCUUUACUUGACGUACUUCGAAUUUUUGAUCACGUUCUAUUACUUAAUCGCCGCGUACGCGUCGAUCGUGCAUUUCGAACAGAGCGUGACCAUCCAGCUGUUCGCGCUGUUGUGCAUGUUGAUCGAGUGCGUGAUACUGCUGAACAUCACUUUUCGGCUCUACCACAAAAAUCACAUCCGCGAGAUGCACCAGUACUCGAGACGGCUGGGAAUACCGGACAGCUAUCGGUCGGUGAUAAACGUAAUAACGAAAUACCACCUGAUAGCUUCGAACAUUUUUGUCGUUUUCCCGGUCACGUACGCGAUUUUCUGCGACUCGGUGCGCGUCGGAGACCCCUUCACGUUUCCUUUCUUGGACGUGUUACCGAUGCACACCGACAAUCUCGCGAUUUACGCGUGCAAAUACUUGGUGUACGCGAUAUCCGUGUACAUAGCACACGUCGAACUCUGUUUUAUAAACACGACGUUCAUAUAUUACGUGGGCGUUUUGAAACACAGAUUAGAGACCAUUGUACAAACGAUCGGAGAAGCUUUUGCCGACAACGACGAACAAAAGUUUAAAUAUGCGAUCAUUCAACAUCAAAAGUUACUAUCAUAUUUUAAUACAAUGAAAAUAGUAUUUUCAAAACCGAUAUUACUGUCAAUGUCAUUCAAUGCGAUAUAUUUUGGUUUGACUACUUCUUUUGUGAUUCAAGCUAUUCGGGGUUAUAUUAAUCAAGCAAUAUUAUCAAUAUGUAUAGCAAGCAGUGCAGCAGCUGUUAUAAAUAUUACAAUAUAUACUUUUUAUGGAAGUGAGCUUAUGGAUUUACACGAUAAAAUAUUACAUGUUCUUUUUGAUAAUGCAUUUUUUUAUGUAAGCAAAUCGUUUAAAAGCUCUAUUUUAAUAAUGAUGACAAGAGUUACAAUACCGUUAAAAUUUACUGUUGGUUACAUUUUUACAAUCAAUUUAAAUUUACUUCUUAAGAUUUUAAAGAUGUCGUAUACAGUGUUGAAUGUGCUAUUGUCAUCCGAAACAAUAAAACCUCACAAGUUGUCAUAAUAGCGAAAUAAAAUAUAAAUAGUCUAGACUUAAUUCAUCAUUAUCAAGUAGCAUUAGAAGUUGUCCGUGGUUCAACGAUAUUUCGACAUAACUACGUAUUUUAUGACUAAUUAUAAUGAGUAUCAUCAGUCAUCAUCAGCUCCAAUGCGACGAAACACAUCACCUGUUUUCCGAGAAUUACGAGUCGAAGGCGUAGAUUCACAACUCUCACUAAUCAGUAAUCACUAUUACUAUAAUAGUAUAAUACCUAGGUUGGUAAUAAUUUAUUAUCUAUUGUUAAAAAGCUAAAAAAAAAACAUAAUACUGUAGUUAAACUAACUAUUUAACUAAAGAAUUUAUUAUAAAGUCAUAUUAUAUAGGCGCACUUUCAGUUUUUUUACUUAGAGGUGCUUUACAUAUUUAGAUGAAACAGACCAGGGCUGUGCCCCCACACCCUCUGUCCAAUUACCUUUAAAAUAUAAGACUUUAUAGUUUCUUUAAUAUAACAGUGGUGACCACCUACGGCCCACGAUAGUUUAUUAACCGGCCCGCUAAAGUAUUAAAUCAAAAUCGAAAAAAAAAUUCAGUAAAAAAAGGUUGGGCGCCACUGCAGUAAUAUAAUAUACCUAACAUAAUAAUAUAUUAAUAAUUGUUUGUGCAUCAUUUCAUGCUCAACAAAAUAAGCGUCGGACGAGUCACUACGUCCGUAUAUCCACAUUGAGCAGCGCUUGACUUUAACCGCGGCGGUUACCGGGCUUGUCCCGUAUCACACCGGCGGAGGAUUACUGCAGGCUCAUGCGGCAAACUCGCGUGCACUGCUGUGGUUCGUCUAGUCUGGCUGUUUUCAAACUCAGACGUCCCGAUCGAAACUCGCAUCGGGACGUACUCGCGGAUGUCGGCCGAAGUAACCCGCGCUGCGAUGGUCGACGUCGAACUAGAACAGCGUCUCGGCGGAUCCGCAAGAUCGCCGCUUGACUGCUCACGUCCGCUUUGGCCGGCAGAACCCGCAGGCAGCGUCUCGAUCUUGAUUUCGGUCGAUAUCGGCUCUUGCAUGGAGGCCGGCAGACGGUGAAUCGAUCGAUACCGCCUCCUGCAUGGACAGGCGGCAACCAGGUAUGACUUGAUGCCGAAGCCGUCUGCACCGCGUGUUAGGCAUUGAACUGUAUAUCGUUCAAUCGUCGCCGGACCCGUGCGAAAUUACCACGACUUACCAACACGAUUUUUCAGGUCAGGCCAUUUGUCAUUUCUUAGCCCGUCGAUACAUAAGUGCAUCGCGGUCGAACCGGCGGACGGUGAGCAAAUCUCGACUUCGGCCGAUAUAUUCUGUACUGCAAGUGCAGCGACAUUCAACACGAUCAUAGAUACACACCAUAUUAUUAUAUUAUAUAA